UUAAAUACACACUUCUAACUACUUAGAGUAAGUCCACGGGACUUGAUUAUGCCCGGGCACCACCUCACAUUCUGACCCAGGUCAGAAAAAUUUCCAUUUUCUUGCUUCCACAGGGAUUGGGGCAAGCCAACAGUAAAUGACCCAGGGCUCUUCCUGGGUCAAGUUGGUGACCCAAGGCAUGACCUAGACUUCCAGCAUGGCCCAAAGUGAGGAGAGGAGGAGAGACGCGCCAGACAUGAAAGUGAAGUGCAGUUGCUUGUCUUCUAGCGGAGAUAAUGCAACAGGCGCGUGGAAUGCAUGGUUUUGUCGUGUAGCGGAAUUGGCUUGCUGAUGUGUCAAGUAGCCGUUGGGCUGCUUUGAAUUUUGAAAACAAUGGUCAAUGGAUCUGGACCGUUGGUUCUGAUAGUUAAUGAGAUCUGAUAGUGAAUAAUUAAUGAGCUAAUUAUACCAGGUUUAGGAAGGUGAAAAAAAAAAAUUAUAAAUAAUAACGGCUAGAUUACAACGGUAAGAAAAAAUAUAUAUACAAAAUUUCCUAUAAAUACCACACCUUCUAUUUUACCUCUCACAUAAAAAAAAAAAUCAACUUUCUUAGCUCCUCAAAAUUUUUUGUUCCUCCUAAUAGCUUUCAUCUUCCGAAAAUUUUUGAUUCCAAUAUGAGCGUACAAGCCGUAGUAGAUCCAAGUAUUGACGGGACGAGAUGGCAGCCUAUGGAAGACAUUCAAUUGUGCAAGUCUUGGAGAUAUGUUAGUCAAAAUCCGGCUUUGGGUAAGGCUCAAAGAAAAUAUGAUCUAUGGGAAGAUGUUCGCAAACACUAUGCCGAACAUUGGAAUGGAUAUGUCUGAUCAAUUCAAGCUUUUAUGGGGAGGUGGAAAAAUUUGAAGGUAGAACUUUAUGCUUGACAUUGUUCGUGAAGGCAAGCGAAAAAUUGGUACAAAAAUGGUGCGAAUAUGAUUGAUGAGCAACGUCAAGCACAAGAUUUGUGGAGAGCUGCGAUGACCAAAGCGAAAGAAAGGCUAAAAAAAGGUGAUUUCAAUAGUUUAGAAUGUUACAAGAUUUUGUUGGGCUUUCAACAAUUUAGUGACAUUUCAAACCAGACCUCUUCGACUGGAGGAACCUCAAGGGGAGGAAGUGAACGGAAGCACACACAACAAUCUGUUCAUGAUUCUCAUGUCAACUUGGACAUAGAUGCAGAUGAGGUAAAUGCCAAUGUAACUCCAGAUCCUUCGGUGAGGCCUCAAGGAAAGAAGUUUGCCAAAGAAGCUAUCCGAAAAGGAAAGAAGGCAUCUAAUGAUUCCAAUCCUUUGACAUCCGCUGUGGAGACUAUAGCAAUCAACCAAACAUCAAUGUUGUUGGCCAAGGAGAAAUGCGAAUAGGAAUAUGCUCGACGUCUCCAUGACCAACAACAAUGAGAUCAUAUACGCUAGCAAAUGGAUAUGUAAAACGAGGCAUUUAAAAUUCAAGAGAGGGAAGAGCGAAUUAUGGAGAUGGACACAAGUAAGAUGACGCCAACCAAAAAGAAAUAUUGGCAGCAAAAAAAGAUAGCUGAGAAAGAAGAUGAAGAUGCAACCGGUGGAUCAGACUUCCAAGCACCUUUCACCGGUGGAUAUUAUCCACAAGCACUUUUAUCGGUGGAUUCCUACAAUCAUCUGCUGGUGUAUUCCCACAACCUCCUUUCACCGGUGGAUACUAUCCGCAUUCUCCUGGAAAAAGUAAUACUGGCAGAGGUCAGUAAAUAUACGUUGGAAGACAUUGUGGCUCAUCCUGUAACGUGUUCGAUUGGUACUCCCAAUCUUUGAACACUGGACGUUCGACAAAGUAGUCGACCAUCAAAUUUUUGCUCAUUUCUUCUCUAAGUCUCUCCUCGUUUGGUGCACGACCUGGAUGAGAAUUGCGCCUUCGAGUUUGGUUUGUAGAUUCAGCAACUGUUGCGAUCACAAUGACGUUGGUGGCCAUCAUCUCUUCAUCAUCUUCAUCCCUAGACCGUCAAAUUUGAUCCCACAACCUAUUCACUGAGAUGAGGGAAAUUGAGGACAUGUGUAAUGCUAGAGAUAAGAAAAAGGUGAAAGUUUGUUAAGCUCAGAUUGUGUGUGUAUGGAGUGCA